GGAGUCACUUCCGUGGAGGCUGCCAUUACUGUGGUGAAUGAAGAAAGCGUAGAGAAUAACGAGAGCCAGAGAGGGAGGGGCUGAGGAGCGGCACGCCUCAAGAAAGAAGAAAAGAUCUCUGCCUCCGGAGGAAGUGAUUGUAACGGGGUCUGCAGCGGGAGGAAGCAGGUUUGGAGUCAGGCAGAUUAGCAGCUCUCCCAUGGCUCAGUCGGCUGCUAACGGUGUGGAGCAAGACUUGGCCACCAAGAGGCUGCACUCAAGAAUGGAGGCUUCUUGUUUGGAGUUAGCCUUGGAAGGUGAGCGGCUGUGCAAGGCGGGCGACUUUAAAGGAGGAACAGCGUUUUUUGAAGCAGCUGUGCAAGUUGGCACAGAAGACUUGAAGACCCUCAGUGCCAUCUACAGCCAGCUUGGCAAUGCCUACUUCUACCUCAAGGAGUAUGGAAAAGCCCUGGAAUACCACAAACAUGACCUAACCCUGGCCAGAACCAUAGGUGACAGAAUUGGAGAAGGAAAAGCUAGCGGUAACCUUGGUAACACAUUAAAAGUGUUGGGGCGUUUUGACGAGGCUGUUGUCUGCUGCCAAAGACAUCUGGAUAUUUCUCAAGAGCAGAGCGACAAGGUUGGAGAAGCGAGAGCGCUGUACAACAUUGGAAACGUGUUUCAUGCAAAGGGCAAGCAGCAGCUGUGGGGCUGCACCCAGGAACCAGGCGAGCUGCCCUCUGAUGUCAGAGAGACACUGCAGAAGGCUACAGGCUUUUACGAGAUGAACUUGUGCCUGGUGAAAGAACUCGGGGAUCGAGCAGCUCAGGGGAGAGCGUAUGGAAACCUGGGAAAUACACACUACCUGCUAGGGAACUUUGUUGAAGCCAUUAAGUUUCACCGUCAGCGAUUAUCCAUUGCCAAGGAGUUUGGGGACAAAGCAGCUGAACGUCGAGCUUACAGUAAUCUUGGCAAUGCCCUGAUAUUCCUGGGACAGUUCAACACAGCCACGGAAUAUUACAGAAAAACUUUGCAGCUCUCCCGGCAGCUGAGGGACCAAGUGAUGGAGGCUCAAGCUUGUUACAGUUUGGGAAACACUUACACACUACUGCAACAAUAUGAGAGGGCUAUAGACUACCAUCUGAAACAUCUCUGCAUAGCCCAGGAGCUCAAUGACAGAGUUGGCGAGGGCCGUGCCUGCUGGAGCCUAGGAAAUGCAUACGUUUCUUUGGGAAACCAUAAACAAGCUCUCCACUACGCCCGAAAACACCUGGACAUCUCUAAAGAAAUCGGAGACAGAAACGGGGAGCUAACAGCCAGGAUGAAUGUGGAGCAGCUGAUGGAUGCUUUGGGAGUCAAUGAAAGUGAUCUUUCUCCCUCCAGUUCGGAGUUUGAGAUGCAAGGAGCAAGACCCAAAAUCACCAAGAGAAACAGCAUGGACAGUGUAGAACUAUGGAAGUACUCCUCAGACAAGAACGGUGACAACCAAAACUUGGAAAAUAUGCAGAGGAGAUCUAGGAAUCAGCUGUCGCAACCUGGUAAAAGAAAAGGCUACUCGGACAGUCAGUCGUCUGAUGAAAGGCCCUGGUGGCUGGACUCCCCUCUUGACACUGAUGAUAUCACUGUUCAAGUUACACCUCCAGUGUCUUCAUUUUCUUUUCAGAAACUGGGCCGUGACCCCUCCGAUGAAGACUGCUUCUUUGACCUUCUCAGUAAGUUCCAGAGCAGCCGCAUGGACGAUCAGCGCUGCCAUCUUGAUGAAACACAGAACGGAGAUAACACAGAAGGUGCUGCCAACACAUCCCUAAGUGAGAUGAUAGAUCCUGCAAUUACCACAUCCCCCCAGACUGAGGAGCUGUUUGACUUGAUUGCUAGCUCUCAGAGUCGCCGCCUUGAUGAUCAGCGUGUUAGUGUUGGAAACCUCCCAGGCCUUAGGAUUACUCAUAACAACCUGGGACAUCUGGUUGGUGAGGGAGAUCAUCAGGAACCCAGCGACGAUUUCUUCAACAUGCUUAUUAAGUGCCAGUCCUCUAGGAUUGAUGAUCAACGGUGCUCCCCACCAGAAGCAGGCCCUCACGCUCCCACAGUGCCUGAUGAAGACUUCUUCAGCUUAAUCCAGAGGGUACAGGCGAAGCGUAUGGAUGAGCAGCGUGUCCAGCUGCCCUCCGAUGACCAGGACAGUUCUCACUCCUCUGACCAGGAGCCACCUGGUGACUUUCCAAGCUAGGACUUGGUGAAUAAUGCUGCACAACUUGUCAUGUCGUUUAAAAUGGAAAACAGAGGUGAAGGCAGGAUGAACAGGCAGAAAAAAAAAAAAAAAACAAGGUACUGAUGGUUGAGCUAACCAGUUAAUUAAUGAAGAGAGAAAUUUCAUGUGCAAUAGGUGGUGCCCUGUUAAAUGUUACUUGAUGUAUUAUGUAUAACGUGUGUAAAUACGAUGUUAAACAAAAUGGGAGGCUCGAGGAGUCUGCAAGAAGUUUAGGGUGACUUAACAAGGAUAGAAAAAGUGAAUAUACUCAGUCUAAUGCCUUAAUCAGAUGAUUUUUCAGACCUGAGAUUGUAUUCCCCAGUGUCAAAUGAAUUUUUGAAUGCACAGGUUGGACAUACAGUAUGAUGUGGAGAGUAAAACUUAUAAAACGGUAUAGUUACAGUGGGAGGUGUGCACUAACGUUUGUUGACAUGAACUAUAAUGUUUAGAAAUUUAAUUCCAUUGUGCUCUGAUUAAUGCUGCUUAGUUUUAUCCUUGAUCUGUUUGUGGUUUCUACCACUUAUAGUGUUGUCUGUGCAGUAACAGUAUUAGUGUUGGCCUUUGACAAACUCACUUGGUCAUCUUGAGUUAUUUUACUAAUUAUUUUGAUUUAAAAAAAAAAUUAUCAAGUGACAAAAUGAGAAAAUUGUCAUUGUUUUUACAUUAAAAUUCUAAUUCAAAUUUUUCUAUACCAAGGUUAAAGGGCAAAUUACAUACACAGCUUCUUUAUGGGUACAGACCAGAGUUACUUGCUAAUUUAGCCUUAAAUUCUUUGAAUUUUUAUUUUUUUAGGUGAUUCUUUCAGUUGCCUGUGAUCCUUAGACGAUCUGGCAACCAGUUACAUUUCACAGCUUUUAUUUAUUGGAUAAAAGCAAAGGGAUGUCAUGUUUCUGGUAUGUAUUUAUAACACACUGCCUCAAUGUGGUGAAAACUUAUUGCGUCUGUGAAUUGAAGGGUGUGGUCUUUUAAUAUGAGUGACAUUGUGAUUCAGCAUCACAGUUCUGCAUGAUUACUUUGGUUGUGCUAAUUGUUGCUAUCAUUAUAAAAGCUAUAAAUCAAUUGCAUAUAAGUACAUUUUUCAGUUUGUUAGUUAUAAAGUACAAGAAUUGUAGACUUUCCAUGGGCUGGUGUAAGAAUCUCAGGGUAUAACCUUGAAGAAACACCAUGGGUUUGCGGUAUUAUGAAAUUUACAGAAAUUUAAAUUUGAUCUAAUUGCAAUUACUUAAAACAGAAAUGCAACAAGUAAACAUAUCUCUGCAAAAUAAUCUAACACUUUUAUUGUUACUACCUUGGUAUCAAAGGUGCAAAAUACCAGCAAAAUGUUGAAGUCUAUCAAAAGGGGGGAAAAAAAACUAGUUGUGCAGAAUAUUAGUUUAUUUAUCCUCUAGUUUCUGCCUGUUUUUUUCUUUUUUUUUCCCACGUAGAACUGCUAACUUGUCUAAUGUGUAAUUGAUAAAGAGCUGAGCCAACUUCCAGCCACCUAUGUGCAGCAACAGGUGUGAGUGAGCUGACUUUGUGUUACUGCUUCCUCAAUGGUUUCUCUAGCCCUUCUUGCAGCAUCUCUUUAAGAAAGACUUUAAGCCACAGGAAUUAUAAAAUGGAAUUACUUGCAGUUUUCAAAGAAUUUUAUUUUUCUUUAAACGACGGUAUACCUCGACAGUUCUAAUCACCCAAUUCCUACUACAGGCUACACAUAAAAAGCUUAAAUUUGCCAUGAGUCUGAAAGUAAGACCUUCUACAACGUAUCUGUUUUAAUGGUACUGGGAUUAUAUAUUCUUAACUUUAGAUUUUUCUUUUUUAUUUACAUACCUCAUAUUUGAACCUCAGAGUUCAUCCCAUGUAAUUUAAUCAAAAUUGUGAAUCACAUUGGAAUACUCAGUCCGUUUCGCUUUGAUAUUAAACAUAUUGGGAGCUACAGUGAAAAUAUUCUUUUUUUUUUUUUUUUUGUAAAUGAACAUUUUUAGAAAAAAUAUCUGGAAUGCUUUUAAUUAUCCUUGCCAUAAUUUGUACAUAAAAAUAUAUUUUGUAUUUAUGUUCCUUUUAAGGACAUGAAUAUGUCGCCUCAUGCUUUUAAUAAAAUGUUUCGAAUGUU